AUGUCCAGCAAAAAUGAUUCGCUUAUUGACGAGGACAUUGAUUAUCAAACAGUUUCCACCGGCCACUCCAUUAGCAUUGAACGUCCCGAACGACUACAUGAAUGGCUCAAAGCUGAUGAUAUCGAAUACAUACGUCACAAAUGCAUUACACAUCCUCUACAAAAACUCAAUCUUCGAGAACUACGUGAAGCGCUUGAUAAUCUCGAUAUAAAAUUUACUGAUAUUGAAUACAAUCGUCUCUUUCUUAAAAUCAAUCAAAAUCGGGACUUUCUUUGCGACUGGAAUGAAUUUGUAUCCUACUUGAUAUUUGGUUUCCAAGAAGAUGAUCCGAGUACCCAGAAGGAGGCACUCAUUCUACCUAUAUCGACUGCACCAGUAAUUAAAAAAUCUGAACAUCGCUCACCCAUUUGCUCUAUAAGUUUAUUACGCGCACAAGCAGACGAGAUGGACGAGGAUGAUGAGGGUGGCAAACAAAUAAAUCCGGCUCUUGAAGAUUCGCCAGAAGCUUGUGGGAUGUGGAUAACAGCUAGUCAUGAGGGUCAAAUACGUUUCUGGUCUAAUACACUUGAGCCGCUGCGUAGUGGCACUUCGGAAAGUAUAAUUUUCUUUUCUUGGUACUCGUAUACAUAUAUAUCACAGCAUACCGGAGGAGGAGCGGAGCAGCACAUUUGUAUGCCACUACUUCGCUUGCUGUUUAUAUUUUUGCGCAAGGAGCGCUUCUUGACGCGCACCAAACGAGUGAUUAGACAUCAACCGGAGCCUAUGCUGUUGAGUUCAUAUAAGGCGCAUAUUAAAGCAAUCAAUUCCAUCGUAUACAUUAAUACGCCGAAAAUAUUGAUAUCCGGCAGUCACGAUUGUUCUUGCCGCUUAUGGUCACUUGGCGGUCGUUAUCUUGGUACUUUGGGCACACCUUUACCCUGGCUUAGGUUAUCACCCUUCGAAGCAGUGGAGGAAGAUCAACAAUAUCGUAUGCCGCCCGACAUCAAAAAAGUGGCAAGCUCCACAACAAUGAAGGUGAUUAGCGGCGUUCAAGAAGAUAAAAUGCCAGCACCUUACGAUCCGAAGGCAGCGGAUGAUGAUGAAGCCGUUGCAGCAGAAGCUACAGCGCGUAUGUACGGCAAACCUUUGAAAGAACCCAUUCUUGGUAAAUACUUUGAAUUGCCCGGCAAGAGUGCUACCGAACAGCGUAUCGAUUUGGAUACAUCACUUUCGUAUAUACCGGUUUUUACACAUUUGAAAAUACACGAAGCCGAUGAUAUUGAACGGCCACCCACACCACCGACAAUACGUCGCAUAGGCAAUGAAGACUAUAUGGAGUUUUAUAAUCCGAAAAAGAAGUGGGGACCAGGACAGAAAAAACCAAAAGAGUUUAAAUAAUGGAUAAAGACAAAAAUUAGAAGAAAGAAAUGGCAGCAAAUAAUCGCACAGGUGUUCCGGAAUUAUUGCAAAUUUUCUAGUAAUUUGAAACUACAUAUGUACAUACAUUUGUAUAUUGAUAGCAUAAUAUCUAUAUUCUGUAUUUACUUUAUAUAAUAAAAAUUUUCAACUCAUUA